UGGAGCUGAGAUGCUUGAGGGACCCCGUUCCUCUGGGUCAUUAAGCUCUGAACCACCAUCUUCUCCAGUGCCAGAAUAUGUGUUCAAGCCACCUUCACGGCCAGACUUUGGCACCAUGGGCAGGACAAUCAAGCUCCAGGCCAACUUCUUUGAGAUGGAAAUCCCCAAACUGGAGGUCUACCAUUAUGACAUCGACAUCAAGCCUGAGAAAUGCCCCAGGAGAGUCAAUCGUGAAAUUGUGGAGCACAUGGUCCAGCACUUUAAAACACAGAUCUUUGGUGAUCGAAAACCAGUGUAUGAUGGGAGGAAGAAUCUCUAUACUGCCAUGCCCUUGCCUAUAGGCAGAGACAAAGUGGAGCUUGAGGUGACCAUUCCUGGUGAAGGCAAGGACCGCAGCUUCAAAGUAUCCAUCAAGUGGGUGUCCUGCGUUAGUCUGCAAGCUCUGCACGAGGCACUAUCAGGACGGCUACCCAGCGUCCCUUUUGAGACCAUCCAAGCUUUGGAUGUGGUCAUGAGACAUUUGCCCUCUAUGAGAUAUACCCCGGUGGGCCGCUCGUUCUUCACUCCCUCAGAGGGAUGUUCGAACCCCCUCGGUGGUGGCAGAGAGGUGUGGUUUGGCUUUCACCAGUCUGUCAGGCCUUCCCUCUGGAAAAUGAUGCUCAACAUUGAUGUUUCAGCCACUGCAUUCUACAAAGCCCAGCCUGUAAUUGAGUUCAUGUGCGAGGUCCUUGAUUUCAAAAGCAUUGAAGAACAACAGAAGCCCUUAACAGACUCUCAACGAGUGAAAUUUACAAAGGAAAUCAAAGGUCUGAAGGUGGAGAUCACUCACUGCGGGCAGAUGAAGAGGAAGUACAGAGUGUGCAAUGUGACCCGAAGACCCGCCAGCCACCAAACGUUCCCCCUGCAGCAGGAGAACGGCCAAACUAUUGAAUGCACAGUAGCACAGUACUUCAAAGACAAGUACAAGCUCAUCCUGAGAUACCCCCACCUCCCAUGUCUACAGGUGGGACAGGAGCAGAAGCACACCUACCUACCUCUGGAGGUGUGUAACAUAGUGGCAGGACAGCGCUGCAUCAAAAAGCUGACAGACAAUCAAACAUCCACUAUGAUCCGUGCCACAGCCCGAUCAGCACCAGACCGUCAGGACGAGAUUAGCAAAUUGAUGAGAAGUGCCAACUUCAACACUGACCCUUAUGUUCGUGAAUUUGGAGUGAUGGUGAGAGAUGAGAUGACGGAAGUGAACGGCCGCGUCCUACAGGCACCUUCCAUUCUGUAUGGAGGCCGGAACAAAGCAAUAGCCACACCUAUCCAGGGAGUAUGGGACAUGAGGAACAAGCAGUUCCACACCGGCAUUGAGAUCAAAGUGUGGGCCAUCGCCUGCUUUGCACCACAGAGACAGUGCACUGAACUCCUGCUCAAAGCAUUCACAGAUCAGCUGAGGAAGAUCUCUAGAGAUGCAGGAAUGCCCAUCCAAGGUCAGCCUUGCUUCUGUAAGUACGCCCAGGGAGCAGACAGCGUGGAGCCCAUGUUUAGGCACCUCAAGUACACCUACCAGGGCCUCCAGUUGGUGGUGGUCAUCCUACCGGGGAAGACGCCUGUCUACGCUGAGGUGAAACGUGUCGGGGACACAGUGCUCGGCAUGGCCACACAGUGUGUACAGGUGAAGAACGUUCAAAAGACAACACCUCAGACUCUUUCCAACCUCUGUCUGAAGAUCAAUGUGAAGCUGGGCGGUGUCAAUAACAUCCUCCUCCCACAGGGCAGGCCGAUGGUGUUCCAGCAGCCAGUGAUCUUCCUCGGUGCAGAUGUGACUCAUCCGCCUGCAGGAGAUGGAAAAAAGCCUUCCAUCGCUGCUGUUGUUGGUAGUAUGGAUGCCCAUCCCAGCAGAUACUGUGCCACAGUCCGGGUCCAGCAGCACCGUCAGGACAUCAUCCAGGACUUGGCCACCAUGGUGAGGGAGCUUCUCAUCCAGUUCUACAAGUCCACCCGCUUCAAGCCCACAAGGAUCAUCUACUACCGCGAUGGCAUCUCUGAGGGCCAGUUCAACCAGGUUCUUCAGCAUGAACUGCUGGCAAUCCGUGAGGCCUGCAUCAAACUAGAGAAGGACUACCAGCCUGGUAUCACCUUCGUUGUCGUGCAAAAGAGACACCACACAAGACUGUUCUGUAUGGACAGAAAUGAGAGGGUUGGGAAGAGCGGCAACAUCCCUGCAGGCACCACAGUGGACACCAAAAUCACUCACCCAUCAGAGUUUGACUUCUACCUUUGCAGUCACGCUGGAAUUCAGGGCACCAGCAGGCCAUCUCACUACCAUGUGCUCUGGGACGACAACCACUUCUCUUCAGAUGAACUGCAGGUUCUCACCUACCAGCUUUGCCACACCUAUGUGCGCUGCACCCGGUCAGUUUCCAUCCCUGCACCAGCCUACUACGCUCAUUUGGUGGCUUUCCGGGCUCGCUAUCACUUGGUGGACAAAGAGCAUGACAGUGCUGAAGGAAGUCAUACAUCAGGCCAGAGCAACGGGCGUGACCACCAGGCCUUGGCCAAGGCUGUUCAGAUCCACCAGGACACGCUGCGUACCAUGUACUUUGCCUGAGAGCACACAACCCCAGGUUGGCGUGGGUGAGACCGCACUGAUGGAACACACUACCCCCCCGCUGUCUCGCUGUCAGCGGUAGAUAGCAUCACAGUGGUUUCACAUCGUGAUCUCCCUACUUAACAAACCUGUCAGUUACCCAUAUGUCUACAAUUGUACUUCAGCCCCUAACCCACCCCAAACCAAGCCAGCUAUUAGACUAAGAUGCAAAAGAAUCCCUCAUUCAUGGGGAUUGAGUUAGAAGAGGUUUUAUUUACAUGUUGUGUAUUUGUGUGUAUUUGUAUUUGUUGUAGGGAAACAUGUUGCAAAGUAUGAGAGGAAAAGGAAAAGUUUGUACACUGAUAGAUGAAAUCUACCAUUUCUA